AUGUCAUCCUCAUCUAACAAUACGAAUGGCGAACAGCAGGGUGCUCUGACCGAUCUUCCAACUGAGCUUCUACUUGAGAUUCUCCACAAGGAUAAUCUGGAAUGGGAGGACUACUACAACCUCUGCCGUACAUCAUCUCGGCUAUCCCGGGUUGCUCACAAGCCCAUGUACCAGGGAGGAGACUAUUGCGUCUUUCGAAUGGCUUGCUUUCGUGGUGAUCUCGAUACGCUAGCUAUUUGUGCUCAGUAUGGCGCCGUGCCGACCCAGUGCAGCCAGAAGGCCCUGUCCGAUGGUCCUUUGGGUCUUAUUGAGCCGGGAAAUGGCCUGUACCGUAGAGAUGUGGAAGACAACUACCAGGAGUGUUGGCAUUGGAAUGUCUGGGGCGACGGAUCUCACGGGCCCGGUGACAUUGUUAUUCUAGGAUUCUAUGAAGGCAACUUUUCCGCAGAGAGAUUCAUGAAAGUUUGGCAAUGGCUGUCGGACCAGGGGUGUGAGCUCUUCACUUUUAUGAAACUACGCUCUCUGGUCCGCAUCCCCUUCCCUUGCUUCUCGCAUGCUCUCCUAUCCAUGCUUCCGACGGCUACUGACAAAGCACAUCACCAAGGGAUCUGCAAUGUUAUCCAAUUCCUUUACAGAGAGGGCUUGAGAAUCCCGCAUCCGGACAGGAGACUUUGGAGGAGAGGAACGUGGCCAGCUUACUACCCUUUAGCCAGGGAAAAUCGCCCGACCAUGCUGCAGGCUAUGCUGCAGACCAAUUGCCCACCGUCCAUUCUUGAGCUCUACUUGAGACAGGUCAACGACGAGGGCCUCGUUUUCGACUAUGCUAGCACAUGGCAUUCAUCCUUCGACGGACUUGGAAGCGUCUCGCAAUUUCUCUCUAUAUUGUUCGAUGACAUGUUCGCUCCCUGGAUCUACAAGGGUGACAGCACCCGUAGUAUGAGCGAUGAUCUCCAAGCAAAGAUCUGCUUACUAACUCAACAUCAGGGUGCCAAUGCUUUUGAGCUAUACGUGCUUCGGGACAUUGUUACUGCAUUGCGAAAGAUUGAUGCCAGAAAGGUAAGCCAGGGUAAUCUUGAAUUUGACCGCGAUGGUGUUUGGUGCUGGUAUGAACUCUGUAUGGCAGUUGCUUAUAUCUCUGAUGAGGAUGUUCAAAAGCAAACAGUGGACAUUCACUUCACCGACCCGGGAGACUGGGAGAUGAUUAACCCAUACUUCAGUAGAGCGUGGUCCCCUCACAAAGACCUGUCGAAUGCGAGAAGAAAGGUUCUCGAGAAGAGAGCUCGUGAGUCCGGGCAAGAUCCCAAGGACGUUGAGCCACAAGGAGAGGAGCCAGCCGGACGUAAGUGGGCUCAAAUGCCCCUGGAUGCUUGGGAUUACAUCCCUAGCCACUCUAGGAUGAUAAAUUGA